UAAUGACUCCGUUACACGGGAUAUUGUUGACACUUGGAGCUGUGACAAGCGGUGCGGUUACGGUGCUAGUGGCGACGGUGGUCUACCAUAGCUUAUCCACUGCGGUAAAGCGACACUUAAAUAUCUGCACAACCAGAGGAUUGGCAGAUGGCCACGUCUAUUUAUGACUUCUCAGCUAAAGACAUCGAUGGAAAUGAGGUGUCCCUAGAAAAAUACAGGGGCAAUGUUGUCAUCAUCACCAACGUUGCCUCUAAAUGAGGCAAAACCCAAGUAAACUACUCUCAGUUUACAGAGAUGCACACCAAGUAUUCUGAGAGAGGUUUACGCAUUCUUGCCUUCCCCUGUAACCAGUUUGGAAACCAGGAGCCUGGCACUGAAGCCCAGAUCAAGGCAUUUGCAGAAUCCUAUAAUGUCCAGUUUGACAUGUUCAGCAAAAUCGAUGUGAAUGGGGCCAACGCUCACCCGCUGUGGAAGUGGAUGAAGGAGCAGCCCAAUGGGAGGGGCUUCCUGGGAAACAGUAUCAAGUGGAAUUUCACGAAGUUUUUGAUCAACAGAGAAGGACAGGUGGUGAAACGAUACGGACCGCAGGAUGAUCCGAGUGUUGUGGAGAAGGAUCUUGGGACGUAUCUCUAAUUCCAGAAUAGAAGAUUAUUGCCUCAUUACUGAUGCACUGUCUGUUUGUUUUCUUCAUCAUGUAGUCUCACUUUCUAUUGUUUCUCUGAGUACCAGUGAAUAUGGCUUGAAUCCACUCCAGACCAGUGACGGUCUGCUCAUAAACCCACACUGUGGGUCGGGCAGACCUGAUGACAAUAGUGUGCAAAUCUCCUGGGAGGAUUACCAAACUUAUAUUCACGUGGUUCUCUUGAGAGGACAAUAAAGACCAAUUAAUGUAGAACUGUUGUCAAAGAUGUAUCUGUGACACUGAUGCCACAAUAAAGCAAACAAGACUCUA